CUUUGUUUUGUUUUUGUUUUUUUCUGUUGUUAUGGUGAUAAAUAACCUUAAAAACUUGGACAUCAAAAACCCAUUAUGUAUUCAUAUUAUCUGAUUAAUUAUUAAUUGCUGGCAAAUAAAAGGAUUCAAAGGUUGGUCCUUUUUUUUAUUGCGUAUCGCCAUUCAAUCAUCUAAACUCUAAACAUGUCGCAAGAUUGUAAAGGAUUCAUCGCAGCAUUAGAUGUGGGAACCACUACUAUCAAGUGCCAUAUUAUCAAUGCUAAUGCAAGAUCUAUCGGUUUUGCAUCAGAAAUAGUCAAGUUGGUAUAUCCGCAACCAGGCUGGGUCGAAAUUGAACCCGAUGAAUUCUUCGAGAGUAUUUUAAAUGUUAUACAGAGAGCAAUUAAAGAUUCAAAUGUAAGCGUGUUACAAAUUCAAUCAUUGGCUAUAUCAACUCAAAGAGCAUCAUUUUUGACAUGGAAAAGGGAUACUGGAGAGCAUUUACACAAUUUUAUAACUUGGAUGGACUUGAGGGCGAGCAAAUUAAUCAAAGAAUUAAAUGUAUCAUUGGCUACAAAAGCUUUGAGAUGGGCUGCUUAUUUCAUUUAUUUGGGUACUUGCAACAAGAAAUUUGGAAUGGCUAGCAAAUUCAUGGUUCGAAACAAUCAUGUUUCUGGCCGUUUCCUAUGGGUAUUAGCAAACAUUCCAUCAGUUAAAGAAGCAAUAAAGGACGAUAAUUUAAUGUUUGGCACCUUAGAUACUUGGUUGUUGUAUAAAUUAACCGGCGGAUCUACUUAUGUAACAGAUAUCACAAAUGCUAGUUCUACAGGUUUCUAUGAUCCAUUCGUAUUAGAUUGGGGAAUAAUAGCGAAAGCGCUGAAAAUACCGACGCAUUUCAUGCCCGCUGUAGUUAGUAAUGACUACGAUUUCGGCAAAACUUUGCAAAAGUUUUUUGGCGUCGAAAUACAAAUUGGUUGCUGUAUGGCCGAUCAGCAAUCGUCUGUACUGGGUUCCUGUAGUUUUCUCGAGGACGAUUUAAAAUUGACGAUGGGCACCGGGGCCUUUUUGGACGUCAACACCGCGCACCGAAUUCACCCCAGCUUGAACGGGAUGUAUCCCUUGGUGGGGUAUCGGAUAGGCAAAGAGUUGACGUACGUUUCAGAAGUACCUUGUACCGAUGCGGGUUCGAUAAUACAAUGGUUGUUGCAUUGUGGUAUGGUGGAUAAUCCUGUGAUAACAGCCGAGAUGGCCCUUCGAGUGGAGGAUACCAAAGGGGUGUUUUUCGUGCCUGCUUUUAGUGGACUUGGGCCUCCAAUAAACAACGACGAGGCCGCCACUGGUUUUAUAGGCAUCAAACCUUUGACCCAAAAGGAGCAUUUAGUUAGAGCAGUUUUGGAAAGUAUCGUUUAUCAAAUUGUCAAGACCGUUGAUUUACUAAAAGCCGAGCGAACCGGUGAUUAUCGUUCUAUUAAAGUCGAUGGUGGCUUGUCUCAAAACGAUUUUAUUUGCCAGUUGUUAGCAGAUCUAACGGAUUUACCUGUAAUUCGAUUGUACAUGUCCGAUAUAGCGGUUAUGGGGGUUUCAUAUGUAGCAGGUCUUUCUAGUGGAUUCUGGAAAAACAAAGAGGAUUUUCAAUCACUGUGUAAAGUAGCAGAUACUUUUACCCCCAAUGAGUCGAUGAAAUACAAAAUGAAAUGUAGAACGAAUUAUGAAGAAUGGUUAUUAGCUGCUGAUAGGUUUAAAUCUUGGUAUAGCAAAUAAAUUGACAUUCCACUGGAAUUAAUUAUGUACAAUUAAUAAUGUACAGAGUAGGUAUAGUCAGGGCAUAAUUCUGAAAAGAUAAUGUUUUUCAAAAAAAUUUCUAUAAAAAUGGUUUUCGUU